AUAAGAUAACGUAUAUGUAUGUAAUUAUUUACAUCAAACCUUGAACGAAUUAGAAUAAUUUGCUUCAAAUAAGAAAAAUUAUUAGCAGUAAAUAUUGACAAUAAGACAGUGCAAUGUUUGCAUUACAAUUUGUUAUUUUAAAUAAAUUACUUACAGCAAGUUGGAUUAUGUCGAGCAGCGCGCGUUUCAUUCAAGAUUUAAAAUAUUGAUUUGCUCGCGACGAUGUCUCUACUGCUCAUGCUCGUUAAGCUUUCACUAUCGCUUGAAAGCUCGAAACUCAACCAAAAAAAUGUUCACCAUGCCGCUAGCUUGUUGUUACUAAUAAAAUGUUUAUUACGCGUUAAGCUUUAUUGUUGCUUUAUACUGAAAUGUAGUCUAUAUGAAUUGCCGUAAAGGCAGUAUUCGUCGUCGUCCAAAUUGUUAAAAAAAGGUAGGUCAAUCAGAUUACAUUUAUAGACAAAAUAAUUAGAACAGUUCGAUGUUUCAGGUCACACAUUUUACACAUCUUCAGUUGUAUCAUAAGAAUGUAAUUGUAAAAAUUGAACACUGCAUUAUGUAAACUUUAUAUAUAUCUAUUUAAUUUUUCCAUUAUAUAAUUAUAUUCAUGAACUCAUAAUGUUUUUAGUUUUUUGUUUAAAUAAAAUUUGUGUACAUUAUUGUACACACUUAAUAUCAAUAUGAAGCUAUAUAAUUAUUUGUUUUAAUACUGGUUACUGUCAGAAUAAUUUUAUGUUUUACAGUACUACAUUCAAUAAUAUUAUUUGCAAAUAUUUACAAUUACAGGCCUCACCAUUGCGAACAUAAUUCCUAUUAUGAUGUUGGGGCGCAAGCAGAGCCUCAAAGGGGAACCCGUCUUGGCCGAUUAUGGGCCAGAGGAGUCCCUCAAUGAGAGCGCUGACAUAGAAUGGGUGAAUAAGCUAUGGGUUAGAAGGUUGAUGAGGUCCUGUGCUUUAAUGUCUUUAGCUUCUGUUUGCUUAAAUACUCCAAAGACUUUUGAAAAAGUUCCACCUCUUCAGUAUGUAACCUUUGUUUGCGAUUUAAUUAUUACAUUCUUAUUUACUGCUGAAAUGAUUGCCAAAAUGCAUAUACGAGGUAUACUGAAGAGGGAUAAAUCUUACUUAAAGGAUCACUGGUGCCAAUUUGAUGGGAGUAUGGUUGUCUUCCUUUGGUUGUCUGUAAUUUUACAAAUGUUUGAAAUGUUAGGCUUUGUUUUGAAAUUCAGUUACGUAUCAAUACUACGAGCACCACGUCCGUUGAUCAUGAUACGCUUCCUAAGAGUCUUCCUUAAGUUCUCUAUGCCGAAAGCUAGAAUCAAUCAAAUUUUCAAACGUUCUGGCCAACAGAUAUACAAUGUUACUCUUUUCUUCCUCUUCUUCAUGUCCUUGUAUGGUCUGUUAGGUGUUCAGUUUUUCGGUGAAUUAAAAAAUCACUGCGUUUUGAAUACAACAGAUCCAAAACAUAUAACAAUUAAUAGUUUAGCCAUUCCUGACACGUUUUGUUCUACUGAUCCUGAAUCAGGAUAUCAGUGUCCAGAGGGGAUGACUUGUAUGAAACUCCAGUUGUCCAAAUAUAUUAUAGGAUUCAACGGUUUUGAUGAAUUUGUUACCAGCAUUUUUACUGUUUAUCAAGCUGCAUCUCAAGAAGGAUGGGUUUUUAUUAUGUACCGUGCCAUAGAUAGUUUACCUGCUUGGCGUGCUGUUCUCUACUUCAGCACAAUGAUAUUUUUUCUUGCAUGGCUUGUAAAAAAUGUUUUCAUUGCUGUUAUCACAGAAACAUUCAAUGAAAUACGGGUACAAUUUCAACAGAUGUGGGGAGUCAGAGGACAUAUCAGUAAUAAUACAGCAUCACAAAUAUUAACUGGUGACGAUAAUGGUUGGAAAUUGGUAACUUUGGAUGAAAAUAAACAUGGAGGAUUAGCUUCACCCAUAUGCCAUGCCAUCCUUAGAUCUCCUCACUUCCGUAUGGUGGUGAUGUGUGCAAUCUUAGCAAAUGGUAUCACCACUGCAACCAUGAGAUUCAAGCACGACGAAAAGCCCCGUCACACUUACUAUGACAACUAUUAUUAUGCUGAGAUUGCGUUUACCAUAUUCUUGGAUCUGGAAACACUGUUUAAAAUCUGGUGCCUGGGAUUUCGCAGUUAUUACAAGCAUUCGAUUCACAAAUUCGAGCUGCUAUUAGCAAUUGGUACUACCAUUCACAUCAUUCCACUCUUCUACCUUUCUGGCUUCACAUAUUUCCAGGUCCUUAGAGUUGUCAGACUCAUAAAAGCAUCUCCAAUGUUAGAAGAUUUUGUAUAUAAAAUAUUUGGCCCAGGAAAGAAGUUGGGCAGCCUCAUCAUUUUUACAAUGUGCCUACUGGUUAUAUCAUCUAGUAUUUCUAUGCAGCUUUUUUGUUUUCUGUGCGAUUUUACGAAGUUUGAAACAUUUCCAGAGGCAUUCAUGUCUAUGUUUCAAAUUCUAACACAAGAAGCUUGGGUUGAUGUUAUGGAUGAAACAAUGCUACGUACACAUGAGACAAUGGCACCUCUUGUUGCUAUGUACUUUAUUUUAUAUCAUCUUUUUGUCACACUGAUUGUGCUCAGUUUGUUCGUUGCUGUUAUUUUGGACAAUCUCGAAUUGGAUGAAGAUAUCAAGAAAUUGAAGCAAUUGAAAUUUCGUGAACAGAGUGCAGAAAUAAAAGAAACUCUACCAUUCAGAUUAAGAAUCUUUGAAAAAUUUCCUGACAGUCCUCAAAUGACAUGUCUGCACAAAGUACCAUCAGACUUCAAUCUCCCAAAAGUACGCGAAAGUUUCAUGAGACAAUUUGUGUUUGAGAUGGAAAAUGAAGAAAACGAGGGAGUGAAAAAAAUUAAUGAAACUUUUGAUUCAAAAAUGAUUUACAGGAAACAACGUCCAGUAAAAAUUUUAAAUAAUCCACCAAAAGUAAGAAAUGUUGUUACAAGUCUCAAGAAAGCAGCUGUUAUUUACAUUAUAAAUGAUUCCAACAACCAGAGGUUAUUGUUAGGUGAUUCUGCUAUGAUACCAGUACCGGGAAAAGGUCUCUUGAAGCCACAGGGUACUGUCAGCAGUGCCAAGCAGUUACGCAUAGAUCAGAAAAAAUCAAUUAGAAGAAGCGUUCGUAGCGGAUCAAUCAAGUUAAAACAAACGUAUGAACACUUAAUGGAAAAUGGUGAUAUUGGAGGUAUAAAUAGAGUUAGUUCUUCUCGAAGUAGACCGCAUGAUUUGGACAUUAAAUUAUUGCAAGCUAAACGGCAACAAGCUGAGAUGAGAAGAAACCAACGCGAGGAGGACUUGCGUGAAAAUCACCCAUUUUUUGAUACACCAUUGUUCGCGGUACCGCGCGAGAGUAAAUUCCGUAAAAUUUGCCAGUCGCUCGUUUAUGCAAGAUACGAUACGAACGUAAAAGAUCCGUUAACUGGAAAAGAGAGGAAAGUUCAAUAUAAAAGUUUGCACAAUUUUCUGGGUUUGGUCACGUAUCUCGAUUGGGUAAUGAUCUUCGCUACGACGAUGUCUUGCAUCUCCAUGAUGUUCGAAACCCCACGAUACCGCGUAAUGGAGGUACCGGCGUUGCAGAUUACCGAAUACGGUUUCGUGAUCUUUAUGAGUAUCGAAUUGGCUCUAAAAAUUCUGGCGGACGGAUUGUUUUUCACGCCGAAAGCGUAUAUCAAAGACGUCGCCUCCGUUUUGGACGUUUUUAUCUACGUCGUCAGUCUUGUGUUUCUUUGUUGGAUGCCGAAGAGCGUGCCACCGAAUUCUGGCGCGCAACUUCUCAUGAUCUUACGCUGCGUUAGGCCGUUAAGAAUCUUUACUCUUGUACCACACAUGAGGAAGGUUGUUUACGAGCUGUGUAGAGGCUUCAAAGAGAUCUUAUUGGUGUCUACUCUGUUGUUUCUGUUGAUGUUUAUAUUUGCGAGUUAUGGUGUACAACUUUAUGGAGGUAGAUUAGCUCGUUGCAAUGAUCCCACCAUCCUGAAACGGGAAGAUUGUGUUGGAGUAUUUAUGAGAAGAGUUUUUGUGACGAAAAUGAAACUACGACCAGGCCAAAAUGAGAGUUAUCCAUCUAUACUAGUGCCACGUGUUUGGGCUAAUCCUAGGCGGUUUAAUUUCGACAAUAUCGGUGAUGCAUUGAUGGCACUUUUUGAAGUACUCUCCUUUAAAGGUUGGCUCGACGUUAGAGACGUUCUUAUCAAAGCACUUGGUCCCGUCCAUGCGAUUUAUAUCCAUAUUUAUAUUUUCCUGGGCUGUAUGAUCGGUUUGACGUUGUUUGUUGGUGUUGUUAUUGCUAAUUAUUCUGAAAACAAAGGAACUGCGUUACUCACAGUCGAUCAAAGACGAUGGUGUGAUUUAAAAAAACGAUUGAAAAUUGCUCAACCAUUGCACUUACCACCCAGACCAGACGGAAAGAAAUUUAGAGCCUUUAUCUAUGACAUCACUCAAAACAUCUCUUUCAAAAGAUUCAUCGCAGUCAUGGUACUAAUGAACAGUGCUCUUCUGUGUGUUUCUUGGAGAAUCGAGGAAGAACACACGGAAGCACUCGCUACGGUGUCCACGAUUCUGACACUGAUCUUCCUCGUAGAAGUAAUUAUGAAAAACAUUGCUUUUACACCACGUGGCUAUUGGCAGUCCAGAAGAAACAGAUAUGAUUUGCUGGUGACAGUCGUGGGUGUUAUUUGGAUCGUCAUUCAUUGUACAAUGAAGAACGAUUUGUCAUACGUAAUUGGCUUUAUGGUUGUGAUACUUAGAUUCUUCACGAUAACUGGCAAACAUACGACUCUCAAAAUGUUAAUGUUGACGGUUGGAGUAUCCGUUUGUAAAAGUUUCUUCAUUAUAUUCGGCAUGUUUCUUCUUGUUUUCUUUUAUGCGCUAGCAGGCACUAUCAUCUUUGGAACGGUCAAAUACGGUGAAGGUAUAGGAAGGCGUGCCAAUUUCGAAUCACCUGUAACUGGCGUUGCCAUGCUCUUCCGUAUUGUCACGGGAGAAGAUUGGAAUAAAAUAAUGCACGAUUGCAUGAUACAACCGCCGUAUUGCACUCCGGCUGCUAAUUAUUGGGAGACAGAUUGCGGCAAUUUCCAUGCUUCCUUAAUUUAUUUUUGUACUUUCUACGUCAUUAUUACCUAUAUCGUUUUAAAUCUUCUUGUGGCUAUUAUCAUGGAAAACUUCUCUCUAUUUUACUCCAACGAAGAAGAUGCACUGUUGUCCUACGCUGACAUCAGGAACUUCCAAAAUACCUGGAACGUUGUUGAUAAUCAUCAGAAGGGUUUUAUACCAGUGAAACGGGUAAAGUUUAUUUUACGGUUAUUAAAAGGUAGACUGGAGACAGACCCACAGAAGGAUAGGCUUCUUUUUAAGCAUAUGUGUUAUGAACUAGAGAAGUUGAACAAUGGCGAAGAUGUUACUUUCCAUGAUGUUAUCAAUAUGUUAUCAUAUCGUUCAGUUGAUAUAAGAAAAGCCUUACAACUUGAAGAAUUGUUAGCAAGAGAAGAAUUUGAAUACAUUAUUGAGGAAGAAGUUGCAAAGCAAACUAUUAGAAAUUGGUUGGAGGGCUGUUUGAAGAAAAUUAGAGCAAGCGGAAAGCAACAAAAUAGCCUUGUAGCACGUCUGCGAGCUAACACUGAUCAACCAACACCACAACAAGAACAUACAGAAGAAAAAGGAAAGGAAGUAGCAAAAGAAGAAGAAACUGAAACAAAGGAUACUGAUGGAGCUAGGCACAAAGCAAAAAAACCUGGUGUUCUUCCAAGGUCAGAUAGUAUAGGCAGCGGAUCAGGAAGAAAGUAUUUGACUCCAACACUAUCGGAUCCUGCCUCCAUUAGAUCUGAAAAAGAUAAGAAUGCAGCACCUAAGAAGCGGAACAACAGACCACCACAAAGCACAGAGUCAAGCAGACAACAGCGAGAAGUUGUUAAUACAAAGACAACUGCACCAAAAUCUUCCAGCGUUAUGCUAGAAGUUCGAGAAUGGUGGAAAGAACAGUUGGCAUACAGUAGUGAGUCCAGCGAAGACGAGGUUUAAAUGAAUUCGUGUCUUACAACGGGUAUUUUUAAUUACAAACAUAUUGCAGCAAAAUAUAAAGAUGAAGCACAUGUUUUGAUAUUUUAAACGAAGUACUAAAAUAAUCCAAACACAGAUCAUACUUUGUUGCCUUUCGUUUUUACUUUUUUGCAAGUAUCAAUUGAUCUGUCAAGUUUUGCUAAACUCAUAUUCCAAGAAGAAAGAGCUGUAUUAAAUAUUACAGUACCUGUAAAACUUUCAAACGUUUUAGAGCAUAGCUAUUUUUCUGUUAGCUUACCUUCCUAGUCUAAUCAUAUAAUUUCACAACAUAAUUUCAUGUGUCAAACUUAUAUAAAAUUGAUUACAUAGAAACAUGAUUUGCAUUUAUUUUUUAACUACUAUUUUAAAUUAGAGUAUUUAGAAAAUUUAGUAACAAUAUAUUAUAUUGGAACGGUAACAAAUGUUAUUCUAUUAAUGCACGAGGGAAUUGUAAUAUACAGUUUUAGUUUUUGAGCUAUUUUAACAUAUUAUUUGAUAUCAAGAUUUACGACGAUUGUUGAUUUUCUCCCCUCAUGUAUUGCAGCUUGCUAUUACAAAUGCUCAGGUUCCACGCAAAUUAAUGUUUUGUAGACAACACAGCGUGUUUCUUAUUAUAUUGAAAAUAAUUUGUUAAUUAUGUUAUAUAUAUUCUGUGGUAGUUAUCGGUGUUGAAGUAUGAAAUUUGUACAGAAUCAUAGAUUUAGAUAUGAUAGGUUUUAUACAACAAGAAAUGUUAAACCAAAUUAAUGUUGUCAGGUACAACUGUGAGUACAAUGAAUGUGAAUGAUAAUUUUUUUGUAAGAAGUUAAUUUAGUUGUUGAAAAUUUGAUAUAUUUAUGUGAAGAAAAAUUAUCAUAAAUCUAUUAAUUUCCAAUAGAAACAUUACGUCCUAAAGGCCUGUAUUAUAAUGAUAAGAAAGUAGUAAAUUUAAUACUGGAAGCUGUAAAGCUUUUGCAUAUGAUUGUAAAUGUAGCAUUUUUGUUAUACAUAUAGAUAUAAUAAAACCUGAAUAAUUUGAUAUACUCCAUAAAUAAUACUUUAAGAAUACAAGUUACUUGGAUAAAACAGAGUAUAUCAUAAUAAAAUGUCAACACAUAUGUUUAAGUUGAAUACCAUCAAACAUAUUGUGCAUAGAUUCAUUUUCAACAAUUCAGGUGUAUAAAGUUGAAUGACAGGCAACCAGUUUUUAUAACUUGAUUGAACAGUUAUGAAAAUAGUAUAUGUUCAAAUUUAUCAUUAAACUUGAGCCAACUUGUACACAAAAGAAAAGUGCAUAAUGUUAUAAAAGUUAAGAAUUUUUUUAACUAAGUGAAAAUGUGAAUAGAAGAAACUGUAUAUAAAAAAUGCCUAAAUAUUAGAGAUAUAUAUUUAAACAAAACAGCACAACUAUUUAUAUCUAUGUGAUAUGAGUUAAUUUUAUAUAUAUAUUUAAAUAUAAAACAAAAAGCCUUAGAAACAUAAAUAUUGUUUACAGUAUUGUAAUAAAUGUUGAUCACUGUUGCUAGUUUAUGUGCCAAUGUGCUAUACUGUAAUAUGGAAAGAUAAUAAAUGUUGAUAGACACAAUUAAUUUCCAACCAUAA